AUGGCAUCUACAUCUCAUCCGGAUCCAGAAUCCGGUUUGGCAUCUACCGAGCUUAAGCACAGCACCAUGCACGAGAUGGUGGAGCGCGACUUGCUCGAUGAGCGAUACAAGGUCACCCAGCGCGGCCUCAAGAACCGUCACGUUCAGCUUAUGGCCUUGGGCGGCACCAUCGGGACUGGUCUGUUCGUCGGAUCUGGCCAGGCUCUGCAUAUCGGGGGUCCCCUUUCGCUCUUGUUGGGCUAUAUCUUCAUCUCCGGUCUCGUCUACGCUCUUGUCACUGGCAUCGCGGAAAUCGGUGCCUACAUGCCUGUCCACGGUGGAACGAUGAGCUACCACGGCUUUCGCUACGUCUCUCGCAGUAUGGGCUUCGCGAUGGGAUACUUAUACUGGUACUCGCUGGGCAUUUUAGUUCCUUACGAGGUCGUCGCAGCAUCCAUGGUCAUUGACUACUGGCACCCGAAUGUCAACCUUGCUGUUUGGAUUACGAUCAUGUUGGUGAUUAUCGUGCUCCUCAACUGCCUCCCGGUCGGGGUGUAUGGCGAAACUGAAUUUUGGUUUUCGGGCAUCAAAAUUAUUACCCUUGUCGGGUUGCUUCUCCUCUCGUUCAUUCUCUUCUGGGGCGGAGGUCCGAAUCGUCAACGGCUUGGCUUUCAUUACUGGAAGGACCCUGGGGUCAUGAACACGUACCUGGUGUCUGGUGAUGCUGGUCGGUUCGUCGGACUUCUCCAGUGCAUUGUCAAAUCAGCCAUCGCCUUCAUCUUUGCGCCCGAACUGGUGGUCAUCAGCGGUGGUGAAAUGGAAUCCCCGCGUCGCAACGUUCCGAAGGCCGCUCGUCGGUAUAUCUACCGACUGGUCAUCUUCUAUGUCCUGGGUGCUCUCGCCAUCGGGGUGAUUUGCUCUUCGAACGCCAAACAGCUCACCGCCGGCUCGGGUACCGACGCAUCUUCGUCGCCAUUUGUAGUCGCCAUCUCAAACGCUGGUAUCCCGGUCCUGGAUAGUAUCGUCAACGCCGCGAUUCUCACGUCCGCUUGGUCCGCCGGCAAUUCUUUCCUGUACAUGUCGUCCCGCUCCUUAUACUCCCUCGCAGUGUCCGGCAACGCCCCGAGUAUCUUCAAAUCCUGCAAUCGCUGGGGGGUCCCGUACCUCGCCGUCGCCAUCUCCUCCCUCUUCUCCCUCCUCGCGUACAUGGCCGUCGGCAGCGGCAGUUACACCGUCUUCAACUGGCUGAUCAACUUUACCAACACCUCGGGCUUCAUCUCGUGGAUCUGCUGCAGCAUCGUGUACUUUCGCUUCAACAAAGCCGUCACCGUGCAGGGCGUCGAAAAGCCGUAUUCGUCUCGGAUGCAGCCCUGGGGAAUGUACAUCGGUCUCGGAGGAUCGGUGUUCCUGGCGCUGAUCAACGGAUUUACCUGCUUCUUCCCGUCGGAAUGGUCCGCCAGCACCUUCUUCACCGCAUAUAUCGGCAUCCCGGCAUUCGUGGUCUUGUACUUCGGACAUCGCAUCGUGUUCUGGCGUGAUCCGUGGGCGUGGAGGAGCGAGGAGGUGGAUUUGCAUACGGGGUUGCGGGAGAUUAUGGAGGCGGAGAAACCCGAGCGGGUACGCGAUACGUGGUGGAAGAAACUGGCGUUGGUGGUGGAGUAG